AUGCCUGCCUCAGAGACGGGUCGUCGACAUGGCAGACGCAAACCCGACCCCGACAUCGACACGUCUUCAUCGCCGCCGCCGUUGUUGCCACCAAAAGCCAGAGAUCGAGAUCUAGAGCAAGACUGGGACGGCAUCCCGAGAACGCCGACUGGCCGUUUGCCGCCCACGCCGUCCAGGGACAGCGAUUCUCCCCCUGCAUACGGCCAAGCGCUGCGGCUGCCCGAGAGCCAAGUCAGGGAUACCUCCCACAUUGAGACAUUUCUCGAGGGCCUUGCCCCCGUCGACAUCCCGAUCGACAUGUCCAACAACAAAGAGCCCGACCGCCCCGAGCCACGCCGCCCCGCCCAGAGAGACUCGCACGACCUGUCGCUCUCGCCCCGUCAAGUUACACGCGACUCGCUCGUCGCCAACAUGCUCCUGUCCCUCGACCAAUUGUCAAUGGGCCAGCUUGGCACGCCGCUUGGAGUCUCGAGGUCCGCGUACGACGAGCCUGCUGUCUACCCCUCAUAUACCGACGAGUCACGGGCAAUGACGUUCAAUUCGAGAUUGGGCCGCGGAAACGGGCACGGGUACUCGUACAGCUCCGACUUUGAAGCUGGUGAUGACGCGAGCAGGGUAUCGUCGCGAGGGCGCCGAAGCAACAGCAGUUCGGGGUAUCAGCCGGGCCUGGGUCGAAUCAACAGCAUGCGCGAGACCUCGCAGCGGAGCCCGGGAAGGCCGCUUCACUCCAGGGGCGGCAAGGGAAGCAAGAGUAGCAGCACAACCAGUGUGGAUGCGGGGUAUGCACAGGUCCUGAGCAGCCAGCGCUGGGCCAGGGGCUUUGGGGGGCGCUCCUCCAGUUUCGACGGGGAGCCGCGUCCAUCGGGCGCCGCGUGGCAGGUCGAGUUCACCAGUUCGUUCCUGAAUGACGCAUACGACGCCGCUCCCACCCCGACUAUCCCAGGUGGGCCGCGGAAGCUCACGACAGCACCGUCCCUGCCCAUCAUGCCGCCUCCGGAACCCAAGGUAGAGCCCAGGUCGCCUGUAGGGGCGGCUUACCCUGAGCGUCGCCGCAGCACGAGAUCCUCAAGGAGCGCAACAGUCGGCCGGAAGGCCGAGCCAAAAAUCAACUCGGCGCGCGACGUACCGCCCCUACCUGUCCCUGCCUUCGACCUAGAUUCAGCCCCAGCACCGCAUGUAGGCUACGAGAAGACAAAGGACGCGAUCCUGGUGCCGCCGAUGGUUGUGACCCCUCAGCCGAAGGAAAAGCCCGGCUUUUUCAGGAGGAUGUUUGGCUCGUCCAAGUCGGGUGCAUCGAGCAGUUCCUCAUCUCCCCAGGUGUCGUCGUUCGCGUCGCAGCAGAAAUCAUGCCCCCCGCCGUCUCGCGAGUCCCACCACUCUACUACGCACACGCUGCAGAAGAAAACCUCGUCCUUCUUCCGCAGACGGAAGUAUUCGAUCACCGAAUCCGAGCCUCCGCCGGUGCCAAAUGUACCCGUUGCCCCGGCACUCAAGGUUCCUUUGGACAGGGUAGAGGCGCUCUCGGGAAAGCCGGAACCUAGCCCCAUCACCAGUCUCCGACGGGCCAUGGACCCAUUUUUGCAGGGAAGCCCGACUUCCUCUGUCGCCCAAACUCCUGCCGACACGCCGUUGCCUUCGGUCGAGGCACCAUAUGAUGCUCACCAAGACAAGGCCGCCAGACGAGAAGCUGCAGAGGACGAUGAAGGCCGCGCGCCUCGAGGAUUUUCGCCCGAUUAUGAGCCGAGCCCGAAAGCCGUCAUCCGCAAGGUCGGCCCCGAGGACUCCUCUUCAGUUCCUCGUCCUGCAGCCACGCCAAACCGGCAGACCAAAGAGUUCUCGGAUGGAUCUCCGCUCGAGUCGUUCCUCCGGGACAACAGCGACAGCGAGGACAGUCCGGUACGGAAGCGAAAGACGCCGCGUUCAGAGCCGCGCGAGAAGAAUCUCAGGCCCGGACUGCACCCAGACGGGGCGAAGAGGUCACCUUCACCUGUGGUGUCGAAGUCGAAGAGCGUUCCCAAUCUCAACAGGGCAAGCCUGGACGCUCGAUCAUCGGCACGGCCAGAAGCCAAGCGGUCGACGUCUGAUCGGGACGACCGGGGGGAUUCCAAUACGCUGGGCCUACCGACCGAGCCCGGCAACCGGGUCAUGCACAAGCACAGUGUGCCAAGUCUGAGGAUUGACAGCGCCGAACCCAGUCCGCAGGGCAUGGGGACCAACGAGUCCAUCACUCGGUCUGCCAAGUCCAUUGACGAACCCGAGAUUGUGGUGGGUGAUCCGACCGAGGACGACCGGCAGAAGGCACGGAAGAUCUUUGACGGAAACGAGGACUUCAUCCAAAAGGACCGCGCAGCAGCUUGGAUGGGUGAAGAGGGCAUUGUACGCCAGCGGACCUUGCGUGCCUACAUGGAACUCUACGACUUUGAGAACCAGAGCGUCGUGGCCAGUCUACGCCAGGUCUGCCAGCGGUUGCUCCUGAGAGCCGAGACGCAGCAGGUGGACCGCAUCUUGGUGGCUUUCUCGAAGCGGUGGUGUGACUGCAACCCCAACCACGGGUUCAAGUCGAUUGACGUCAUCCACACCAUAUGCUACUCCAUCAUUCUGCUCAAUACCGAUCUUCACGUGGCCGACCUCGAACACAGGAUGACCAGGAGCCAGUUCAUCAAGAACACCAUGACAACCAUCAGGCAGGCCGUCCAGGAGUCGGUCCCUGACGCGUUCGACCGGCCGAGCAUCCUCCCAGGCAAGGGAAAUGUGGGCGUCGAGAGCGAGGUCCGCACGUCCGAGGACUUCAAGCACAACAGCUUCCGCGCCUCGUUCAAGCCGCCACCCCGGCCGGGGUCGGCCCUGGGUGCCUUCUCCGAUCAGGCUCCCGGGGAGAGCUGUGGGCCCCUUGUCAAGACACCAUUCGAUGGCCCGCUGCGCGCCUGGGAGUCGCAGGUCGAGAUCGUCCUCAAGGACAUUUACGCCUCGAUCCGCGACGACAGACUGCCACUGUUUGGUGCCGAGGCUGCUGCUCCGCAUACUCCAAGUGGCCUCUUCGUCAUGGGCAUGCUCAAACGGACGCCGAGCGUGUUGAGCAAAGCACCGUCAGAAGGUGUUGCCUCCACUCGGGGCAGGGUUUCCGAUGCGGCGAAGGCGAACUCGUCCAGGUGGACUUCCAAGAGCCGCUCGCGGCCCAGGGGGUUCAACACCGGCUUCUCGUCGAGUAGGACUAGUUUCGAGGACGGCAACUCCGUGUGGACGCCGACUGAUUCGUCUGCCACCUGGAGCAAGCUGUCGCUGGGGCGUACCCACACGUCCAUGUCGAUGGAUUCCUUCGGCUCUUCAUACCCCCGCGGGGACUUCCAGCAGUCGAUUGGCUUUGCCAACGCACUGAGCCAGGCGAUCAUUCGUGAGGACAGCGCGCUCGAGACGCUCAAGGACGAGAUCAGGAGUGAUCAGCUGCUCGAGGACGAGACUCUGGAACUUGCUGGCCCUCCGUGGGUCAAGGAAGGCAUUGUCACGCACAAGCACCACCUCGAUGGUGUGGACAAGAGAGCCAGAGACCGAAAUUGGACGGAAGUCUUUGCGGUCGUCCAAAAAGGACAACUGAGCCUGUUCUCGUUCACUCCGGCCAAGUCCCUCCGUAGCAAGAACAGACGCGGACUAGGCAGUACUCUGCCGAAAGGUGCCGUCGUCGGCGGCGGCAACUGGCAGGACAAUGCCACUAACCUGGGAACAUUCUCACUCCGCCAGACUCUUGCCUCUGCCCUCCCUCCGCCGGGUUACUCACGAACCCGUCCACACGUCUGGGCCCUUUCCCUCCCCACCGGCGCCGUGCAUCUCUUCCAAGUCGGCACGGCCGAAAUCUGCAAGGAGUUUGUCAACACAGCCAACUACUGGAGCGCUCGCUUGAGCACUCACCCGCUUGUGGGCGGCAUGUCCAAUGUCGAGUAUGGGUGGAGCGACAGCGUCCUCCAUAGCGCCGCAGCCAACAAUACGAACCCAGCCAACGAGAGCACGGCCAGCUUCGGCGGCGGACGACCCCCCAGCAGCAGCAAAGGACAUUCCCGCCCCGGAAGCGCUGCCAAUGCCGCCGCCGUCGCCGCCGCAGGCAUCAGCAGCAUCACGGGCGUCGGCCGCUCCUCGAUGCAGUCUGGCCGUUCGAUGCGGUCUGCCUCUUUCGACUUCGCCGUCCGCCCGGGAUCAGGCAGCUCCGGCGUCCUCGGCGGCACCCUCCCGCGCCCGCACGGACUGCACCACCACCACAACCCGCAUCCCGCCAACAACAAGCUCCCUGGUGACCGCAUCCACAUCACCGACUGGACGCCGCCGAACCACUCGAUGCGCCCUUCGCCGCUCAACGAGAAGGACCAGCUCGAGUCGCUUGAGGCGUACGUGCGAUCCAUCGAGGCCGAGCUGCAGACCCACAACGCGCUCCGCUCGCCCAUGCUGGGCGCCUUCUCCCCGCGCAGCAGCAACGCGGCGAAAGCCAUGGCCAACUGGGAGCGGAAGAGCGAGUACCUCCUCCGGGAGAUCGUCAAGUUCCGCACCUACGUAGAUUGCCUGAAGCAGGCGGAGGCGAGGAAGCGGGAGAUUUAUAGGGAACGGGAGACGGCGAGGCGCGCGGCGCGCGGCGAGGAAGUUGGUGGGUUCAGCAGUGAUGACGAUGAUCAGACUCUGAAUCAUGAUCAUGUUGUGGUCCCGGGAGAGGCGGGCGAGUUUUCAGAGGAGGACGAGGGAGAAGCAGAGAGACGACCCGGUGGGUUGGAGAUCACUGUUGAGCAUGGGUGA